AUGGCCCAAACCCCCGCCGAUCUGGACACCUCCCUGGCCCUCAAACUCAUCCCAAUGGUUGAGCUCAAGGAAGACGCCAGCAAUUUCGAAGAGUGGGAGCACUCCGUCAGCUUCCACCUCAACUACCACCGGCUCGACUGCUCCAUUGACCCCAUCCCCAGAAUUCCUCAGAUAUUCCCCUCGGCUACGCCGAAUUUGUUCGUCUUCGUCUGCGUCGCUUGUUUUCGUAUGCCCUCAUCUGGAACUCGGCCAAAGUGGCGCUUCCCGGCCUGA